CUCACUCGUUGGUAUGGAUCUCGGGUGAUAAACAAGAACUUAUAAGAGAUUGUUUUAUUUUCAUGUGACGCUUUCCAAGGUAUUGUAUUUUUAUCCACUAUAUAAAUUACACGUUGUAAUCGUCUGUGUUUUUGAGACAACGAGUACACUCGCAUGGCACUUGAAGACUGCUUGACGGCGGUGAAGCUAACAGGCUACUGUUAGCUAGCGCUAGCAGCGGCGGCUGAGUGAGGCGCCGCCAGCUUUUGUUUGCCGAGCCGAAAUGUUUCACGUGUUUCUUCAAAAUGAAGAGGAAAGUGUCUCGACUGAGACUAAGCCCUAACGAAGAGGCUCAACUCAUACGAGAAGAAUAUGAGAGGAGAAGGAAGCUGCGAAUACAACAGGUGCGGGAACAGCAGCGGAACAUCGCCCUGCAGAUUCGCCAUGAGGUACAGCAGAGACGGGAACGCGAGUUGCAGAACCUUGCGGAGGAGCUGAGGCAGGAUUGGGAGCGUCAACAGAAAGAGAAGAUCGAGACCCUGCAGACUUUAUACCAAGAUAGUCUCCAACUUCUCGGUCAGGGACACAGAGAUGCAAAAGAAAACGAGCCUGACUGGGAGGGUAUUGCUCAGAGGGAGGAAGAGAAUCACGCCAAAGCCAAGGAGCGUUACCGAGAAGCCUUGAGAGAGCUCAAAUCCCAAAGACAAAAAGACCAUGAAGAGUUAAAUCGUCCCAUCAAUGCCAGGAAAAGGGCGCUACAGGCAGAGAAGGAAAGAUCGGCUAAAGUGGCCAGCCUCCCACCCCCUCCACCAAAUCCCAUUGAGACCCUCGAUUCCAAGAGACUGCACAUAGUGAGGAAAGCGGAUGUGAAGGCGUUUUCCUCAACACACUACCACAGGCCUGAGACCACAGUGGACAGGGAGGUGAAUGAGAGCCAGCCAAGCGCCCACGAGUUGGCGGAGAUGGAGACGCAAAGGCUCCAGGAGUUGGGGAAGGAGGCGGAGAGGGAGAGAGGAGAGCGGCUGGAGAAGGCUCGCCUCAGAGGGAAGCAUGCCCUGUGGAGAGAACAGCUCAUGCAGGACCGUGAGCGUUUACUCGUCCAGUUGGAGCACAUGCAGCAGACAGACCUAUUGAGGAGAAGGCAGCAGGCGUGCCAGAUACCGGCUCAGAUCUUCCGGCCUCUCCCUGGGAGACAGGAGGAGGAGGAGGAGCACCAGAGGGAGAUGGAGUUUGCCUUCGAGGACAUUUACACCGGAGAAAGAAGGGUCAAAGGUGAUCUGGUGCUCCAGCUGACGCCAGAGCCUCUGCCAGCCCUGUCCACGGACAGCCAGGACCAGGAGUUAGACCUGACCCUGGACAGCGCUGCCACGCCACUGGAGGACACAGCAGGAACAGAGGACUCACACCCUGAUGCCAGGCAGCAGAGACAGCAAGCUGAGCUGGAAACAGCUGAACAAGCAAAGCCCUCGAGACCUGGUCCGAGACAAGCCUUGAAGAAGCUGCUGAGCCGCAUCCGGAUCCAGCAGGACCAGUGGAGUAGCCACAGCAGCCAGGGCUACCACCAGGCCCAUGUAGAUGAUCACCUGACCGCCGACACCGAUCAGAUCCCAGAGCGUGACACAACCAUCGACACAGGCUCCCUUACCAGUGAGGAGAGAGGACAAGAGAGAGUGGCCCCUGGAGCUCCGAGGUUCCCCGUGCACUCAGAACUCCCCCAAGCCACCGAAGACGAGUCCAUCUUGGCGGGGACUUCGCUUCCUGCUGACGAGCAAGCUGACCCGAUGCAAGACUCUGAAGAGGAGAGAACGAGGAGGGAAGGGGAACUCGAGGGAGAGAAGCAGCAGCAGAUAGCUCUACUCCAGGAGCUGGAGGAGCAGAGGGCCGGUCUGGAGCGUAUGCUGCAGGAGGCCCAGCAAGAGAGGGAGAACCUUAAGGCUGCUGUGACCCAGGAUGCACCCACCCACCAGCAAGAAGUACCGGUCCAUGACCAGGAAGUCACCUCUCUUACUCCUGGUCCAGCUGCUGAGACGGUGUCUACAGCGAGGGAAGGAGGCCACACGAGGAGGAUUAGAGAGUACCAGCAGAGGCUCCUGGAACAAAACAGACUUCACAAAAGGUCUGUGGAAGGGGCCCGCCAGCGCCUGGAGGAAUAUCAACGAGCUCUCCGGAUUCGUCACAUGAGCAGCGCAUUAGUUCGGCCCCCUGCUGUGCCUGCAGGCCCUAUUCGCCCACUUCCGCACUCUGGUGGGAGUUCAAUACCCUUAGUGCCCGCUCUACAGCGCCCCACUAGCUCUGCAUUACCUGUUCAUAUCCCCUGCACUGAUGAUAGGACCCAAGUCCAAGUGGAAACCCCUACCAGAGUGUCGGCCAGUUUUGCUCCAUCUGUCACCCUCUCCAGUCUUGUUUUGCAUCCAAGAGCAAGUUUGGGUGUCGAACCAGUGUUCCAGCCAGUGCAGCCAGAGCUCUCUGCGGGGAUCCUGAGAGACCAGACAGCAGGUAUCACUGCUCGGCUGACUGACAGCAUUAUUGAGAGAGUCACAAAGCACCUUUCCAAGAAUCUGAGGCCCUCCUCCAUCAGUACAGACUUCCCACUCCACGGGCCGUUUACAGCAUCUGAUGUCCCACUGCCACCGGUGUCUCACCCCCUCCGGGUCACAAGCCCUAGUCAGGCUGACGUUUCACCUCUGCUAUCGGGGCGGGCCCCGGUGAAGCAAGGGACUCUCCAGCUGGGAUCUCAGGCCUCUACGCAGGAGGAUAUAGAGAUGCGGAGGCGAGAGCUACUGGAGGCUCAAAGGCAGGUGCUGGCGCAGAGGGAGGCCAUGGCACAGCAGCUGAGGGAGCAAGAGGUGCAGAGACAUGUGGAAGAAGAGGCGAGGCGGCGGUAUGAAGAGGAAAAGAGACAGAGGCAUGAAGAAGACAGACGGAGACAGGAAGAAGAGCGGAGACGGAAAUGUGAGGAGGAACAGAGAUGGAGACAUGAGGAAGAGAAAAGAUGGAGGUAUGAGGAGGAGGAGAGACAAAGGCGUCAGGAAGACAAGUGGAGACAGGAAGAGGAACGGAGAUGGGAGGAGGAGAGACGGAGAUGUGAGGAGGAAGAGAGACGGAGGCGUGAGGAUGAGGAGAGACGGAGACAGGAAGAGGAGAGGCCGAGAUGGGAGGAGCAGAUGGUACAGAUGAGGAGGCAGAAGGAGGUGCUGCAGGCCCUGAUCAACAUUGAUGAACAACCUGCUCCACAGGCUACCACUGAAGUGCUUGAUUCAGAGGACAUCGGUGAGAGCCGCCUCAGACUGCUGUCAUCCCUGCUCAGAGCCAUAGAGGAGGCCAACGGAGGAAGUCUGUCGCACCUGCAGAGCAACUCUGAGAACCAACAGCCUUCAACCAGAGAUCUCACCGCUCAAAGCCUUGCCCCCCCUGGACCAGCCCUACCACCACACCUCCACCCAGCUGUUCACCUCCCUCCACGGCCACCGAAGCCCCCAGUCACCCGCGUUAGGCUGGGCCCCAUGGAGAUGAUGGCUGAACAGCAUGAGCUCAGUGCUAUCCAAGAAGUGGAGACGCCAGCCAAUGCCAGCCUGGUCACAGGCACAGAGGAUAUCAUGAAGGGGCCACUGUAUACUCUAGCUGGAAUCACACACAGAGAUCCAGAGCCCUCUGUGGCCUCCAACAGGCCUCUCCAUACCUCUUCCAUUUCUAGUGGAAGACAGCAUUCUGUUGGUAGAGGAACCAACUUUGGGACCGGGUCAGAAGGGUCCAGCAAGUUCUCUUGGAGAGAGACAUCAGUGAUGGAGGCAGGGACCUCCCUGCAGCCCUCACAGCCUGAGCCAGCUGUGCAGUUCCUCUCCCCACCAUCCUCUGACUCCGGAGUGGGCGCUGCAGAAAGUGCCAGCCUCGCCGCCGUCAGCUUCAGGUCCCUCACAGAAUCUGCUCACAGGCCACCUGACCCCGACUGUCUUUCCUCCACCAUCUCCACUGGCAGUUACAUCACCACCGACCCCGAGCAAAACUCCACCCACUCAGCAGACAAUGCUGCCCUCCUCCUCCUCCCAAGGCCUGGUUUAGGAAGAGGGAGAGCUGGUCUUCUCGAUGUCUCCCCUCCGUCCAGUCAUGACUCCUAUAAAAAGGACCAGUCAGUCGUGGGCAGUGCUGGUCCUACCGUAGACUUCCUGUUCCACGACAGCAGCAUCCAGCGCAUCAUAGAUAAAUAUACCAGGGAGCUCAACGUUUCCCUCAACACAGCUGGCAGCACGACAGUGUGCUCUGAAGAUAGAGGAGACUCACAUGUGGAGGAGGCCAGUUCCUCGGAGACCCAGCAAUCCUGGGCAGGAGUCCUGGAUGAGGCGUGUAGGGAGGAGAGGCCUGCAGACUCCCAGUCUCUCCCCUCGGACACAGAAUCUGUGGCACAGAAACAAGGCUUGGAGUGGGACAAUACUGUCAACCAAAUCCUAGAGCGCUUCUCAGGCCAGGUCUCUGUGCUGGCUCAGGAGCAAGACUCAUCGUUCCGACCUUUGAUUGGUCAACUGGCAGAUCAGUCGUCCUAUCUGGCUGCAGAACAGAGGGAGUCGGCAAUGGAGCGUCUGAUUGGUCAACCGUCGGCUCACUCGUCCAUGAUUGCUCAGCUCCUGGGUCAGUCGGCCUCAGCGGCCACCGAUCAAGCUGGAUUGGAUUCCCCUCCGAGCCGCGUGAUUGGCCGACUCUCACAUCAGCUGAGCUCUGACUGGCCCAACAGCGGACAGGAUUUCUCAGCCAGCCAGUUGAUUGGUCAGCAAGGGUUGGAGCAGUCAUCUACAUGGUUGGAUUCUGAAGGACAGGAGCACAGCCGGAUGAGACCACUGGUUGGGGAGUUGGAUGAGUCUGCUCCCCACAGGAAUGGAAGCUCAGGUGAAAGAGCCUCCAUAAACCUUGAUGGUUCAGCCCAGGUCUGCAUGCCGUCAGGCCCAGUUUCAUCUCCUGAAGCCCGGCCACACAACUCCUCUGUCCCUGGGCUGAGUCCACUGGAGCAGAGCCAGCAAAGCAGGACCAGUCCACAACAACCGGACCCAGAGAUGAGUGAAAUGUUUCUGGCCUGCGACUCCUUCUACCCUCUCCUGGCUGAGGUCACCCAAAAUGAGACGGCAGAUGCUUCCAUGACCUUUCACCUGCCCCAACAGGAAGAACUUAGCUCCCCUGAGGGAGACAGCAGGUCUUCCGGAAAAGAGGGGAGCCUCUCCGCACACUGUGAAGGAUCGCCAGAGGAAAAGGUGGAGACGCGUGACAACGUUUCAACCGAGUCUUACCCCUCCCCUGAGCGCUUCAGAGCAGAAGAACCAUCCCCCUCACCCACAACCUUACAGGAAUCCUUUUGCCAGCUCACCACCUCCCAGUGCCGCCCAAAUGACUCUGCCCUUGUAGUGUCACCCGCAGACCAGGAUGCAGAGCUUAUGACUCUCAGCUUAUCAAACUUGAUGCUGAAUGAUGCAUCACCUACCUUGGACCCACUGCUGGCAGAGGGAAGGGCUGCAAAGCAAGACGGUGUUCAAGAUCAUCUUGGGCAUUCAGUUCAGACCUGUGACUCAGGCAGUGCAGCGCCAAAUGAUCAGAAGUGCCCAAAUUUGAGCAGCAUUGCUCCGGUCUGGGAGGAAAUAAUGGAGACUGCCAGUGAGAAGGGAAUCCUGGAGCAGUCCGAGAUAACGUUGGUGAGCCUGACUGAAAGCACUCUGCUGGACCAGAAGAGAACCAUCACUGAUGAGGAGGAUGAAGAGGAGAAAGAAGGAUGUGAAGAGGAGAAAGAUGAAAGCCAGAAAGUUGAAAAAGAGGAGUUGGAAUCAACUUUGUUCCCUAAAGACAAUCCCGGUGCCGUAGAAGAAAAAGAAAACUCCCAGCAGCGCACAGUAAUGCUGCUGGAGUUCCAGUGUAGUCCCGGUAAAGGCCAGCUGGAGGCAUUCCAGCAGAAACGCAGGGUCCUGGUCCAGAGGUCUAACCACCGCGUGGAGGAAAUCAAAGCAAGACGGGUACAAGCCGACACCCAAAAGACCUCUACAGCCAAGUGCAGACAGCCCAACAGCUGUAAAGCCAGAACUAAUUCAGAACCUCCACCCGGCACCAAGUCAGGCCAGGCUGCGUCCAAAACCGCCGACGCUUCCUGCCUUGUCACUGCAGGAAAGUCAGAGGAGAAGCUCCAGCCUACCCCUCUAGUGACUCACGCCAGGCUGAAGAAGGUGGAUGAGGUGAGGAUCUGCACACCGGAGCAGAGGAAACGAGACUUUUCCGACAUGCGCCAGAGAACACAAAGAUUGUAUGAGCAGCUGGAGGAGGUGAAGCAUCAGAAGGAGGUGAAGAGCAGGCAGGCAUUUUACGCCACAAACAGACUGAAGGUCAAGGAGUUCCAUAAGAAAACUCUGCAGAAGCUCCGAGUGAAGCAGACGCCACAGUGAUUAUGGACUUUCGUCUUUUUCCUUUUGCAGCCCUAACAAGUAAACUUUUGUAAAUUCUUAAAGUAAUUUAAUAAAGCACUUUCAAGUCUUUUAAACGAUGUCUUUGCAU